CAGCAUUUAGAAAAAAAUGAAGCAUUUACUCCACCUAAUUCUGACAAUGAUUUUUCUAGCUCAGGCAAUAGUAAAGAAUCUGAAGAAUCUAAAUCUAAAGAAAGUGGCAAAAAUUUAAAAGAACUUGAAGAAAGCGGCAAAACUUCUGAAAGAAAUCAAGACGUUCUAGAAGUAACUAAGGUAAGUUCUGAUGAGCAAGAACCAGAGGAUAAUGAAGAGACUUCCAAUGAAGAUCAAGAUAAUUCAGAAAAGGAAGAAUAUAUCUCUGAAGAAGAUAUCUUCAAAGAAGAUACUUCUAAAGAAUAUCAGGAAUAA